AUGUUUGGCGGUCUCCGCCUGGCUGCGACUGUGGCCCUGGGCCUCGUCGCAUCCUUUCCUGGAACCCUAGCUCAGAAUGUGACGGUCCCCAACUGGCUCAUCUUCGACGCCGAAGCCGACGGUCUCCAACUCGCAAGCGCAGGAAAGCCCCCAACACUCUUCGUCUCAGCCGACGACUUCACUGGCGUAAAGAGGGCCACUGACGAUCUCGCCGAGGACUUCAACCGUGUCCUCGGCACCAAAGCCACCGUCUCGGAUACCAAGACUCUCCCCGAAGCCGGAUCCCCCCGCAUCGUUAUCGGGACCAUUGGGAAAUCGGCGCUCGUCGACGAGCUCAUAGCCGCCAGCAAGGUCGACGUUUCCGAAAUUAAGGGAAAAUGGGAAUCGUACGUCGCCCAGGUCGUAAGCAACGACGCCGAUGAGCCCGUCGCGCUCGUCAUUGCCGGCUCCGACAUCCGCGGGACAAUCUUCGGCAUCUACGACAUCUCCGAGCAGAUUGGCGUGUCUCCUUUCUACUGGUGGGCUGACGUGAACCCCACGAAGCGCGAGUCCAUCGUCGCUCCCCUGACGCCUAAAGUCGCCGGACCACCCUCCGUCAAGUUCCGGGGCAUCUUUCUCAAUGACGAGGCUCCUGGUCUGACAAACUGGGCGGCUGGAAACUACCCGCGAAGCCAAUAUGGAAACCCUUUCAACUCGGACUUUUACGCCCGUGUUUUCGAGCUCAUCCUCCGUCUCAAGGGUAACUACCUCUGGCCCGCCAUGUGGAACUCCAUGUUCUACCUCGAUGAUCCCAAGAACGGCCCGCUCGCCAACGACUUCGGCAUCUUCAUGGGCACGUCUCAUCACGAGCCCAUGGCCCGCGCUGAUAAGGAGCAGGGCCGCUUUUGCCAGGGCAGUUGGGACUGGGGCAGUAAUCGCAACAAUGUCCAGAAAUUUAUGACGGAGGGCGUGGACCGCGCCAAGGACUGGUAUACCAUCUAUACGGUCGGUAUGCGAGGAAGUGGAGAUGCUGCCUCGGCGACGCUUAACUCGCAGUCCAUGGAGCAGGUCAUCAAGUUCCAGGAGUCGACGCUCCAGUCUGUUACCGGCAAAGACUUGGUUGAUAUUCCGCACUCUUGGAUGAUGUACAAGGAAGUCCCAGGCUAUUGGCAGAAGGGAAUGGAUGUUAGCGAUACAGUGACUCUCUGCUGGACGGAUGAUAACCGCGGAAAUAUUCGACGAAUUCCUACAGCUAAGGAGAACCAGAGAUCUGGAGGUUCUGGGAUGUACUACCACUUCGACUACGUCGGCUCACCAAGGAACUACAAAUGGAUCAACACAAUGCAAAACCAAAAGACCUUCGAGCAAAUGCACCUCGCCUACGAAAGAGGCAUCGACCGCAUCUGGAUCGUCAACGUCGGCGACCUCAAACCGAUGGAGCUUCCCAUCUAUCACUUCAUGUCCAUGGCCUACGACAUGUCCAAGUUCCAGGACCCCGCCUCCACCGACAAGUGGACGCUAGAAUGGGCCGCGCGCGAGUGGAACGCUGACGUGGCCGUCGAAACGGCCGACAUCAUGAAUAAGUACGGUAUGCUCUGCGCGCGGCGCAAGUACGAGGAUCUAAGCAUCUCGCCCUUCGCUUUCCACGCGACUAACUACGACGAGGCUGAGAAGAACUACAAAGAAUGGGAGGAUCUCGUCGUUCGCGCGCAGGCCGUGUACGACGCUUUACCCGAGGACGACCAGGUCUCAUACUUUGAGAUGGUCCUUCAUCCCGUCCUCGCCGGCAAGACCGUAUUUGAGAUUUACUCCAAGGCUGCCAUCGGUGCCCGGUAUGCUAGGGAGCACAGCUACCGCGCUGACGAGAUGGCGCAGGAGGCCAGGGACGCUUUCGAGCAGGACAAGGCCAUCACAGCGCGGUUCCACGGUCUUCUCGGAGGAAAGUGGAAUCGUAUGCUCGAGCAGACGCAUAUCGGAUAUAACAACUGGCAAGAGCCCGCGCAGAACUCGAUGCCUCCGCUGACCACGGUCGGAGGUGGAGGCGGUGGUGGGUUCGGCGGCGGGUUCGGCGGGUUCCCUGGUGGCGGCGGCGGAGGUGGAGCAGGAGGUAGUGGUAAGCUCCUCGGUAUCGGCAUCCAAUACUCCGACAACAACGCCGCCACCGAUGCCGCGACCAUCACAUUACCCCCCUUGAACCAGUACAUGUCGCCCGACGAAGACCGCUACAUCGACGUCUUCAUGCGCGAAAAGGGAUCCCUCUCCUACACGAUCAAGUCUAACGCAUCCUACGUAACCGUAACCAACGACUCCGGUGACAUCAGCACCGACGGCCCCAGCUCCCGGUCCCGCUCCAUCAUAACCGUCGACUGGUCCCAAGCCCCCGAAGGCAACUCCGCAGCUGAGCUCACCGUCCAAGUUACCACCCCCGCCAAUGCCCCUGGCUCCACCGUUAUCGUCCCCCUCCGGAAGAAGGAAGCCCCGCCAGCCGAUUUCGCCGGCCACGUCGAAUCCGAAGGCGUUGUGUCUAUCGAAGCGAACCACUUCUCCUCCGUCACCGAAGGCGCCAACAACGCCAGCUACGCCGUCAUCCCCAACUACGGCCGCACCCUCGCCGGCAUCAAGCUCUGGCCCGUCACGACACCGAGCCAGGACCCCGCCACCGGCGCAGCCGUCACUUUCCCCUUCUGGACGUACACCCAAGCGGCCAACGUCAAAGUCACCGUAUACCUCUCUGCCUCCGAAAACGCCGACUCUGAACACGCGAACCGGUAUGCCGUCGCCAUCGAUGCCGGGAACCCUACCGUCGUGCAGCCGACGCCCUGGGCUUCGGACGCGGGACAGGAACCGCCCGGUUGGGAUAACGCCGUUACGAGGAAUGCGUGGAUCAAGGAUUCGCAGCUCGGAGCGCUGAGUCCGGGGAAGCAUGAGUUGAAGCUGUGGUUGUUGGAGCCGACGAUGGUGGCGACGAAGAUUGUUGUUGAUUUGGGUGGUGUCAAGGCUAGCGAGCUUGGUCCUCCCGAGAGCUAUAGGGUUGUUGGUGAGUGA